UGCUGUGGAGAAGCUUUGCCACAACGCUAGACAUCAUACUGAAAAGUGGAUCAAAGUCAUCCCUUUGAUUCAUCUUCUUGGAGGACAAAGCAAGCCUUUUCAGCCUCUUCCACCUGUCAUGAAUCAAUUUGAGUUCUGGACAGAUGUAAGAGAAAACAAAAUCACACAGUUCCACAGGAACACUGAUGAGAGGUAUCAGAUCAUGAAAGAAAAUAAAUACCUUGUGGAUAUUGACCGUCUUCUUGUGAGCUCUUGGAUGUCUCUGCUGUGUAUGAACGAUGCAUUGAGGUUCAUAUCCAGUAUGCAAGUCGAGCUCCUUGACAUCCUUCAUUAUUUGCAGAUCAGCAUAAAAUCUGAAAUAACUCACACCACAUACAAGGCUUUGCAAGAGUUUGCAUCUUAUCUCAUCAAAAGGGAAUGCCAUCGAGAUAAAAGUUUUGAUGACAAAUACGGAGAGUGCUGCUUAAAAACUGCAGCCAUGCUGCUUGGCUCUGUCAGCCAUGCAAUAAGAGACCCAGAUCAAUGUGAUGUUCCUCUUCAGUUUCUCGAGUUGGUGUGUCUGAUUGGAAAAUCGUAUGGCCUCACUGACUCCCAGACAAGAGAGAGAGUUCUUGAAGAGUCGUUUGGAGAGACAUUAGAAUCAAUAAAGGGAUGGAUGAGAAAUACCUUCAAAAACAAACUCCUUAAUGCAUGGGGUCAGUUUACUUUCCCCAAAGAGAAGAAGGUGUGGAAUACAGUGCUCUCCAUAUCCUUCAGUCAUAAAGGACACACUGAAUUCUGGAGAGACACAUUUCAAAAGGACUUUGAAGGAAAACUAAAACAAGAACACCCAAUUAAUCAAAUUGGGAUAUACUGUAACAUGAUGGAAAAACUAAGCAAGGCAAGUCCGUUGCUAUGCAGCACAGUGGAGAAAUGUGCUUUGGAGGCAGUAGCAGGUGUUUGCCAGAAUAAAUCUGGUUUAACUUUGUCCGACCUGUUGAAGAAACAUGACAUCACAAAGUUUGGAAAGCUGAUGUCAGUUGUUGUACUGAGGUCAUGGCCCAAAGAUACCAAUGGUGAUUACAAUGAAGGUGAAGACUUGACAUUUCAGCACCUUUUGAACUGGCCAGUGGCAAAAACUGUCUUCACAAUUACAGAAGCAGGAGUAAAACUGAUUGACAAACUCUCAGAUGAAGCACAAAUCAGAAUGACUUUGGCAACUUCAGCGUUCAAGUCUAUGUCAGAAAAGUUUCUCAGUGGAAAGAUCCAAAUGAAAACUUUAAACCAAAUUCUCCAGAGAGAACGCAACUUUCUUCAACUGCUGAAAAUGGAUGUCCUCUGUGAUGAUGGUCGUUGUAAAGAUGACAGAAGUAUGAGAAGGUUACUGAAACUACGGCAAGAAGAAGCAGAAGCAGUUCACACUGAGAAAGAGCUUGUCGAGGGUCUCCUACAAAACUGUCAGGAGCUUCCAGAACAUGUUAAAGUUGACUUCCAGGGGUUGGACAAAAAGCUUCAGAACAUUGAGACAAUGAAUCUGAAUGAACUUAUCAAAGUUCGCACACUUGAUGAACCAACCUCUCCGACAACUAGAAAGUCCAAUUAUUUCAACCUUUCUGAUACAACCUAUGAAAUGGCUUCAGAACUACAUGCCAUCAAAGACAGCUUGAUCUUCAAAAUGUGCUGGACGAACCGGGUGGAAGAAUUGUCAAGAGACCAGUUUCAUGAAGAUGACACUGGCGACUAUGAAGGACAUGAAGAAAUCUACACUUUUGAGCUUGUUUACGGCAAAAUAUUCCAGAGCUGCUACAAGGAAUACCAAAGGCUGUAUGACAGUCUGAAGGAUGGGGAACUGUCACUGCAGGAAGUAGAUCACAUCUUUGAAAUCUAUAGAGGAAGGUAUGAAGACUUGCAGAAAGACUUAGACAUCAUGUGCCGAAUUAAUUCUGCUGAUAACAGAAAAUGGAUAAAAAGAAGAAUUGAUCAGAUUCAGCAGUACCAGGAUCUUGAUUUAGCAAUAGAGUCUUCUAAAAUCAUCAUGGACAUCAGGAAUAUUCUGUGUCCAGAAGGAGACUUUAAAGUACUGGAGAAACUGCUGCAAAUGAAUGAAGCCACCUUCAAGACAAACAGCCUGAACAGCAUUGAUGACGACCUCAUCAAUGCAAAAGGCAUUCUGAAAGACAUUACACACAAACGCAAAAAAUGUCUUGAAGUUCUCAGUCACUGUAAAGUGUUUGUCAAGUGGGUUAAAAAAGAACUUCAAGAUAUCAAUGAGCUGAAAGUUUUUGUUGACCUGGCAUCAAUCUCUGCUGGAGAAAAUGACCUGGAAGUGGAUCGAGUCGCCUGUUUCCACGAUGCUGUGCUUGGAUACUCAUCUUUGCUGUAUGGGCUGAAACAGGACUCUGAUUUUAGAAAGUUUGAGGAUUCACUGGCAACAUUGUGGAAGGCACUUGGAAAUGACAGAACAUUACCAAACAAACUGGGUGAUUCAGCACGCCUUCUGGAAUGGUUAAAGACCAUAAGGGAAAGCCAUGGAUCUGUUGAAUUUUCAUCUCUGUCCCUGGCUACAUCCAUUAAUGAGAAAGGAUUGUAUACCAUCAAGGCCCAAAACCAGAAACAGCUCGAUUUAGAAACUUCCCUGACACUGCAAAUUCAGGAUGGACAAGAAAAAAACAUGACAUGUACCUAUGAGGACCUAAAAGAGCUGCAAAACAAGCUUAUGCUUAUGUCUGGAAGAGGACAACAAAGUCAGACUGAAGUGGAACGAUUCACUGCGGUGUUUGAAAAUGUCCAAAGACUUGCCAAAGCCUUUGUAGACCUUCAUGCUGCAGGAAACCCGCUCUUCAGGUUUUGGGAAGCAAAUAUUCAUUGCAAAGCUCAUAGUGACCAAUGCAUCAUUAUGGAAAUCAACUUUUGCAAGACUCUGUAUCGCUUUCAAGUAGAUGGAGAUCUAGUUGAGCAACUUACAUCACUUUCAAAAAAGCUGGAGUCAUUUCUCAGUAAAUGGCAAAACUUCAUGGACCAACAGAGAUCAGAGCUCUACUACUUAAACUACUUUACAGCAGAACAAAUAUUCUACCUGUGCAGUGUUGUGACUCCUACAAAUGUGAAUUCAGAAAUAGAGGAGAAGGCACUGAUGAUGUUGUCUUUCAUCAAACCACAAUGCACAUCAUCUGAUGUCUGGAGAUCAUGGCAACGGCUGUCCAACCAAUAUAAGCCCAACAAUAUGAAUAAUGAAGAUGAUGACACGUACACAGCCAGAGAAAGUCAUUUACCACAUGAAGACCAAGCAGAGGAGGGAAACCAGACUGUUGGUUUGAGGGAACUUGAAGAGUUGUGGAACAGUUACAUGUAUAAUAAAGAGAUGUUUUUUCAGGACGUUUUGGACAUAAGGUGUUUAGGGAGUCUGUUACAAGUGAUGACAGACACAGAAAACCAAAAUCAGAAUGAAUGUGAAGUGCCACUGCUUCCUGAGACAAAAGGCAACUCCCUCAGAAGAGAACUUCCAAAAGGCCUUAAAUCAAAACAACCAAAUCUCUUAAUCUGCCCACACAAUCAGGUCCUUACUUCAAGCAUCUGCUUGUACAUGACCACUGACUAUGAGCCACUACCGAGCUAUGAUGAAGUUCUCUUGUGUACUCCAUCAACAUCUUAUGAGCAGGUGGAGCUUUUCCUGAGAAGAUGUCUUUCACCCGGUGAAAUUGGCCAGAAGAUUUACACAAUGCUUUGGGUUGACCAACUUACCUAUGAUGUCAGCUGUGCAAUGGAGAAAUGCUUUCAGAAACUUUGUUCCCUUACACGUGACUACAAGCUAGUAAUGUUUUGCAGUUCUGAGAGGGAGCACACUUACAUUCCAACUGCUUUCAGUCAGUUCAAAAGAGACUUUGUACCACAGGAACCACUGGAAAAGAUCCAGAAGUACUUGUCCAGACAUUUAACUGUCCAUUCAGAUCACAAGGAUGCUGUGUUCAAAGGUGGCCAUAGUGUUGGAAUUGUUGCAUCUCAUCGCGCAGGAGUUGGCAAAUCAUUGUAUGUCAAAAGAUUGUUUGAAAAACUGGAGAGAAGUGUUGAAGAGGGAAGUGCUUAUAAAAAGUGCAUUCGGCUAACUGAACAUGAGAUUGAUGACCACAAGGUUCUCCAGUCGUUGUUUGAAACCCCUAAACAAAAAGAUCUCAAGGUGUUUCACUUUGAUGUCACAUCCUCAGUACAAAAAGGCCUGAAUGAAUUCUUGUUCAAGUUUUUCUUUUUGCGGCAUCUGAUGGAUUCUGACGGGCAAAUGUGGCACUGCAGCCACAAACACUUCUAUAUCAUGGAACUAAUGGAAACCACAAACGAGCAGACCAGAUAUACUGCAGGAUCGGGACAAAGGGAAAACUUUGCAUUCUCAGAUGUUUUCCCAAAGGUGUUAUGUCGUCCUCCAAAAGAAGUAAUGUCCUUGGAAAUGCAGAGAGAGGAAAAUUCUGACAUUGAAAGUGAGGACCCCCUCAUGGAUGAUGAGUGUUUCAGGAGUGAAGCUUUUCAAAGACCAUACCAGUACCUCACACGUUUCCACAACAAAGUGAAUCUUGACAACUUCACUUACCAAGGCAUUGAAGGAACUCAUGUAGAGUGUCUUCAGAUACUCUUAAUCUACUGUGGUAUGAUAGAUCCAUCAUGGGCAGAGCUACGUAAUUUUACCUGGUUCCUUAAUCUUCAGUUGCAAGACUGUGAGAAUUCAGUCUUCUGCCAUUUUGAGCAUGUUGGGGACACUCUUUGUGGGUUCAAAAACUUUGUGGUUGAGUUCAUGGUCUUGAUGUCCAAAGACUUUGCAACUCCAUCACUAUGCAUCACUGACCAGAGCCCAGGGAGGCGACAAAUUGACAUCACUGGGCUAAAUGAAAAAGACUUGGCUCCAUUCCUUAUUCGAAAAAGGUGGGAAACUGAGCCUCAUCCAUACAUCUUUUUUAAUGAUGACCACACGUCAAUGACCUUCAUUGGAUUUCAUUUGGUGCUCAGUAACCAGAAUGGAGUUGAUGCCAUAAAUCCCUUAACAGGAGAAGUGAUAAAGAAAAACAUCAUGACUCGACAGCUGUACAAUGGCUUAAAUCUUCAAAGGGUCCCUUUUAAUAGAGACUUUGAUCGGCUUCCCAGAGCUGAUAAGAUUGAGCAUCUGUGCAGUGUGCUUGGAAUCAAGUGGCCGACAGAUCCUGAUGAAACUUAUGAACUGACAACAGACAAUAUCCUCAAAAUGAUGGCAAUACACAUGCGAUUCAGGUGUGGCAUCCCAGUCAUCAUAAUGGGUGAGACAGGAUGUGGUAAGACAAGGCUCAUAAAGUUUAUGUGUGAACUGAGAAGAUGUGGAGCACCAGCAGAAAACAUUAAACUGGUCAAGGUUCAUGGAGGAACUACAUCAGAGAUUAUUCAUGAUAAAGUGAAAGAAGCAGAGAUUACUGCAAGGUCCAACAAAGAGAAUCACAAACUUGAUUCUGUUCUUUUCUUUGAUGAGGCAAACACCACAGAAGCCAUUAGUAGCAUUAAGGAAAUCAUUUGUGAUAACUCAGUGCAGGGACAAGAGCUCGGCUCUCAAACAGGUCUACAGAUCAUUGCUGCAUGCAACCCUUACAGGAAACAUACAGACAAGAUGAUUGAGAGGUUAGAGUCCUCAGGAUUGGGAUACCGGGUCCGGGCUCAGGACACUGAAGAAAAGCUUGGCUCCAUUCCUCUCCGCCAGCUUGUGUACCGUGUUCAUGUUUUAUCACCCAGCAUGAUGCCUCUUGUCUGGGAUUUUGGGCAACUCAGUGACUCAACAGAGCACAAAUACAUUGAACAAAUAGUACAAAGACUGGUGAAGACUAACUUGAUUGAAGAACGUCACAUUCCAACUAUAACUAAAGUAUUAUCAUCAUCACAAAAGUUCAUGAGGGAGAGGAAGGAUGAAUGCAGCUUUGUCAGUUUGAGGGAUGUUGAACGUUGCAUUCAAGUGUUUGUGUGGUUCUACAAAAAUCAACCCAUGCUUGCAAGAGAUCUCGAAGACUUCUGUAAGCAACAAUCUCAGAAGGAGAAAAUACAUCAGUUUUCACCUGCAAGUGACAGAGUAAUCUGGUCACUCUUGAUGGCUACUAGGGUCUGCUACCAGUCCUGUUUGGAGAGCAAGGAGAAGUAUCAGGAAACUAUCAGUGAAAUUCUUCCUCCUGACUACAAAGAACUGAGAAUAGUGCAGGAAAUCCAACUCAUGCAGGACCUCCUUCUCAGUAGUGUACCCAUGGGUAACACAAUAGCCAGAAAUGAGGCUUUAAAAGAGAACUUCUAUAUGAUGGUGGUCUGUGUUGAGCUUAGAAUCCCUUUGUUCAUUGUUGGGAAACCAGGGAGCUCCAAAUCACUAUCUAAAGUCUUAGUUGCAGAUGCAAUGCAAGGGCCUACAUCUCACUCUGGCCUCUUCAAGAGGCUGAAGCAGAUACAUCUGGUGUCUUUCCAGUGUAGCCCCCAUUCAACUCCUGAAGGAAUCAUCAACACAUUCAAGCAAUGUGCUCGCUUUCAAGAAAGCAAAAACUUGGAUGAAUACAUCUCAGUAGUUGUUCUUGAUGAGAUUGGAUUGGCUGAGGAUUCCCCGAAAAUGCCACUGAAAGCACUGCACCCAUUGCUGGAAGAAGGCUGUGUUGAUGAUGAGCCUCAACCUCAUAAAAGGGUUGGGUUCAUUGGAAUUUCCAACUGGGCUCUGGACCCUGCCAAGAUGAAUCGAGGGAUUUUUAUGUGCCGUGGAGAUCUAAAUGAGGAUGAGCUCAUCAAAACAGCCAAAGGAAUAUGCUCAUCUGAAAAGAAGAAUCUCGAGAAGAUCCAACAUCUCUUUGAGCCCCUUGCAAAAGCAUAUAUGACAGUAUGCAAAGAAGGCAAAGGUUUUUUUGGGCUGCGGGAUUUUUACAGUCUGAUAAAGAUGAUAUUUUCAGUCACAAACAGAGUAAAUGAGUGUCCUACUGGAGAUCAGAUUUUUGGAGCAGUCCUCAGAAACUUCAGUGGGAAAGAUGAUGUGGAUGUGAUUGGUAUUUUCAGAAAAGAACUAAGAGCUAAGAGAACUAAUAGCUUUACCGAUGCAAGCAUCACUACCAUUGACAUGGUCAAACAAAGCAUCUCUCCAGACUCCAGGAUGGAGGAAAACCGUUACCUUUUAAUCCUCACUAAAAACUACGCAGCUCUUCAGAUUCUCCAACAGAUACUCUCGUCUCAGGAAAUCCACCCAGAAAUCAUCUUUGGGUCAAGCUUUCCAAAGGAUCAAGAGUACAUGCAGAUUUGCAGGAACAUCAAUCGUAUCAAGGUUUGCAUGGAGACCGGGCAGACAGUUGUGCUUCUGAACCUUCAGAAUCUGUAUGAAAGUCUGUAUGAUGCUCUCAACCAAUACUAUGUAACACUAGGGGGUCAAAAAUAUGUUGAUCUAGGAUUAGGCACACACCGUGUGAAAUGCAGAGUUCACGAAGAAUUCAGGCUCAUUGUCAUUGAAGAGAAAGAAGUGGUCUAUGAACAGUUUCCAAUCCCACUCAUUAACAGGUUGGAGAAACACUACCUGGACAUCAACACUGUCCUCAAAACUGACCAGAGGGACAUUGCCAGUCAACUUCAGGAAUGGGUCAAGGAUUUUGUUUCCCUAAAUGAGCAACAUUUAACAAAAAAGCACUAUGUCCCAAGUGAUGUCUUCAUCGGCUACCACUCGGACACAUGUUCCUCUGUAGUCCUGCAAGUAACAGAAAAUCAAGAUGUGGAAACAGAUGCUCAAGUCACUUUGAACAAAGCCAAAAACAUUCUGCUCAACUGUGCAGCUCCCGACUCAGUUGUUCGUUUGGACAAAUCCAGAUUGCCAGAUGUGGAAAAAGAACAUCUGAUGAAGGAAUAUGUUAAAGAAGAAAUGCACAGUUCACUGGGAGACUACAUUGUCUAUCAGAUGAAGCAAUCAGAACAGCCACAUCCUUCAUUAAAUGAGGUCACAACAUUUUCCAGGCUCCUGACUGCAGCAGACAUUCAUCAGCUGCAGACUUUGACAAGACUUGAUGCUAUCACCCUGCUUUCUCUGCAACAGUUUGACACCGAGUACUCUUUCCUCAAGAAAAUAAGGGAAUUUCUUGACUCAGCACACCAGGACAAAGUCCUCAUUAUCCAGACAGAGCACGAGGAAGACUUUCACCAAAGGAAUAUUCUUUCUUCAGCCAAGUAUGCAUCCAUCAACGAAAUAAACAAGUCCAACACUAAUGAUGACACAAAGAUGUUUGUGUACUUUGUGACCAAACUUCCUCGGAUGGAAGGGGGGACCUCCUACAUUGGAUUUCAUGGCAGUCCUUGGAGGUCUGUUCACAUUGAUGAUCUUCGAAGAUCAAAAGAGUUUGUUUCUGAUGUUCAUUCCAUGAAAAAUCUUUGUAUUAGUGAUCUUUUUGAAGAUCCUCAUGAAGCCAUGGAGACUGAAGAUCAUGUCGGAGUGCCACAAAAUAAUGAUUCUGCUGUUUUGGGAGAUGCUUUUGAUACUGCAGAUCUAGUGAGGAGCUGUGUGCAGACUGCUGUGGGCAUGCUCAGAGAUGCUGCAGACGGUGGAGAACUUAGCACAAGGAGAGUUGAGAACCUGCUAACACUUCUGGAUGAAAAUCAGUCACAAGGUGUCUUUGCAAACAUUGUGAGGAAGCGUCUCCACUCAUUGUUAAAAGAAUAUGAGUCCAGUAUCCCCAAUCCCAAAAGCUGGAUUCUUAAUGAGGCAUCUAAUAUCGGUGCACUUCAAGAAGGAGGAACAUUCCUUCACACACUGUGGAAGAAAAUCCAAGCUGUUGUCACCCCGCUUCUUGCCAACUUGGUCUCAGUCAUUGACAGAGACUGCAAUUUGGACCUUCUGCUGCAUGAAGAGGAAAACAUCAGGAACUUGUGGCUUGAAAUUUUUGGCAGUACAGAAAUGCUCAGUGUAUCCCAUGUGAGAAAGAACAAGGUAUUAAUAGUACAAAACCAUACCAUGGGUGAAAACACUAUGCACUGCCUCAUGCCCUUCAGCUGGUGGAUCAAAGAUUUCUUGGAUGGACUUAUGAUGCAAACACUCAGACACAAACGGCUCUCAUUUCAUCAUUUCCAUGAGUUGUUCUUGAACACUCCACUCGGACGUUACAUGGCCAAAGAUGUAAAUGACAGAAUGAAGAAAGAAUUCUUUGAAAGGUACCUGCAGGAUUUUGUUUCCAUGAUGAUGAAAGUAUCAUCAGAUGACGAACUACAGAUCUUGGUCGAAGCUCUGGCCAGCUGUGUUGAUGAAGUACAGAGACAACAACGAAACACAGAAGAGCUUUCUCUCCUGCACAUACACAUUGCAUUUGAUCGUUACCAGAGCCGUCUUCAGAACCUUUUGCAGAUUAUUUCUCUUCAACCUGAAGUUGUUUUCCUGUUGCGAAGAAGAAAUCUACAAAUGAAACAUUGCCCUGAGAUGGUUUUGGAUGUCUAUGCAGCAAUGGCAUGCGUUGAACACCUGGAAUCUCCAAACUUGGAUUCUGAUGCCCUCUGCCUGCUCUGGUUGAGGCAGGUGAAGAGGCUGCAGGCGUGCUUGGAGUUGAUUUGCUCCCAAACUGGCAUCCAUCAAUAUGGAGAGCGAUGCAAGGAAGUAAUCCGUGAUAUCAGUCGUAGCUGGAAACGCAUCUACAUCCUUUCACUGUUUGUGGAACACAUGUUGGUCGGUUUCCAAAAUGAAGACAGUGAGCUCAGAUCGCUUGUCCUGAAACAUAUCAAUGCCUUGAGCAAGGUUCUGGAGGGAAACUCAGAUGUAAAAUCUACGAAGACUUUUGAAGCUGUAAUCGACAAACUGAAGUCUUGUUCCCAAGGAGCAGUUGAUGAACUUUUCAGGUACGGAAUUCAUUGUCGAGUGUGCAUGAGAGAGCCUGAGGACCCUGUGGGGCUGCCAUGCCAUCACAUCUUUUGCUUUAUGUGCAUCAAAGCAAGCCUUGAUGGAGGGCAGACAUCCUGUCCCAGCUGCAGGCAGCCGUUACCAAAUAACUUUCAGCCGAAUGUCUCUGAGGAUAUAAGAGUGUCUCUCAAAAAAAAUGGAAAUUUCAGGCGACGUUGCAAUGGCUUCUUCAUUGAUUUGCUCACUACUGUCUGCUUCAAGGACAACAAGCCACCAGCCCGCGGCGUCAUCACACAACUGCAAUCCUACCUGAUGAUCGAGACAGAGCAUGACAGAAUUGACACUAACAUUCUGUCACCCUUUGAUGAGUCACCUAAUAAAAACCCAGUUGUGCGAUCUGUGAUCCUCAAGUUGCUCCUGAAGUUCAGUUUUGAUGAAGUGAAAGAAUAUUUGCAGCAGCAUUUGACUGUCGUAGAAAACAGCAAAGUUGUGGAUGAAGAGGAUAAAGCAGAACUUUAUGCUUUAUACAUCAACUGCUUGGAGGACUCAUUGAGGGAGAAGAUGUUACUGGAAGGCAACAAGGCUGCAGAUCUUCCGUUUUACAACAAAGAAGCACAGUUCCUUCGUGACUGUUUGACUGAAGCUGCUGCCGUUCCGUCGACAGUCUCUAUUCAACACCUGCAGCACAUCGCCCGGCUUCGCCUUACUCUCACCAUGGCAGCCCAGCUCAUUAGUGACAAACUUUCUGACAUCAGUGUGCCAGAUGGAGCUGAUGACUUUCUCAACAUGGUGAUUAAACUCUGUGAGGACAGUGGCAACGACUGGUACCGUGUUUACUUGAUCCGCAAGAUCAGUGAAUUGCAGGGUGUGAAGCUUGUCCAGACACUGACUAAACAACCAGAGUUCAGCUGGCUUUUUCCUGACGAGAUCAGGAUUCAGAACAACGAUGGAGGCCAGAUGGACCAGUAUCUUGUGUAUGGAGAGGAAUACAAAGCAGUCAGGGAUGCAGUUGCCAGGGCAGUAGUGGAUGGCAAUGUUGAGCAAAUAGAAGAAGCAUGCGAGAGAUGCAAAUCCUCACCGAGGAAUCGGACUGUGUUUAUGCUUCUGGCUCUUUUCCGAGAGGUUACAACUCUUUAUAGAUCCACAGGUCUUCAACCCACUCCUGAGCAAUGCCAACCAUUUGGAGACCUCAUUCAGGGGUCAAGGUAUCUGUAUCAAAAAGAAGUGAGAGAUUUUGCCUCAGCUUUGGUUCACAACAGAUUGGGAGCCCUGACCAUCCACCCUGGACACACUAUUCAUGACAACACAGUCACUGAGCUGGUCAUCCAUCUGGCAGCGGUUCUUCUCUCUGGGAAUAAUAACCUGCUGAUGCCACUCAAGCAGCUUGGUCUGUAUCCUGAAAAUAUGCAGAGGGCUUUUAUUCCCACAAUGCCUGAUGACAUGCUGGCUAUCGCACAAGCAGCCAUACGGCAGAACUAUGGGCAACUCACUUGGUAUGUGUGUCGAAACAAUCAUCCAUGCUUCGUUGAUAUGUGUGGCAUGCCCAUGGAGAGAGGACGAUGUCUGGAGUGUGGUGAGGAAGUUGGAGGGGAACAUCAUACAGCUGUGGGUGGAUUCACACCAAUUCAGUUACAACAGGAUCAAACAAGACCUGGCCAUAUCCUGGGAGACCCUGAGCGGAGAACCAACCCAGAUACCCUUGACACCAAAAACAUGUCUCUUACUCCGUUCACUUUGGUCAGGCUAAUUACACAUUUGGCCAUGUCUCUGGGAGCUUCAGAGAAACAAGAGUCUGUCCAACAGAUCAUCCAGCCACCUGUGGAGGAUGUUUGUUUGUUUCUCAAUUUACACAUAAGAAAGGAUCUGGAUCAGCUGACACAGGCAUUGGGAAAAGGAGCAGAUGACACCAUUACAGCUGUUCACUUGGUACUUAGAUUCCUGCUAGAGCCACUACAAGCCAAUCUAUGUAACAUGGAUUAUUACUUGUCAACAAAAGCAUCCAGAAACAACUGGGAGACUACAGUGGCUACAGACAUUAUUACACCAAACUUAAAGGACCUUGAUCAACUUCUACUAGAAGUAAAAGACAUCAUCAGAUCUGACUCCCGUGUAUCUUCAAACUACAUCAUGAGGAUGGCCUUGAGUGAUGAUUGCACUUUCCUGACAUCGCUGCAGCAAGGCUCUGAAGUCCACAGUUCAGCAGUGUGGAGCUGCAGGGAGAGGCUCUCUUUGCUCAGCCUCACACACACUGUAGAGCAUAAUGAUCAAAAGGAGGAGCUGCGGCUGCUGUGGAGGUUCCUGCAGAAGGAGAGAGAAUUUCGUCAGAUUAAGUUCCUACCAGAUAUUCUAAUCCUGCAGAAACGUUUGGUGAGAAAGUACCAGAAUGCAUCUGAACAGAUAGUGGGUUCCAUUGCAGAGUUCAUUGAAAAACAAGCAGAAAUGAAGACAUGGUAUGAAAAUCACAUCAACAUUUUCUUCCAAACCUGGAAUCUUCUAAGAGUGUCUGUAGCCAGCAAUGAGAUAAAAAUCCCAGAGGAAUUUUGCAGUGAGGAUUUGGACCUGAAUAGUGACCUGCAGUAUCUUCUGCCCCGGCGGCAGGGUGCAGGGCUUUGUGCCACUGGACUGGUUAGCUACCUUGUGUCCCUGCAGAAUGAGCUGAUGUAUGCUGUAGACAGCCACACUGGAGAAGACAGCAGCAGUUACAAGGUGAGUCUGACAGAGCUAAUGGAGCAGCAUGUGAUCCGCUAUGAUGUGGAGAAGGAUCUGCUUCCUUUGGUUUUAUCCAACUGCCAGUACAGCUUGGAGCGUGGUCAUGAGACAAUAUCACAGUUUGACCUGCCCCGCAUCCAGCAACAGAUCCUCACCCGCUUCCUGCAAAGCAAACCCUUCAUCACCCACAGAGGAAUUCCCACUCUGGUCAACACACAAGAGAGAGACUAUGAAACCCUUUUCUUAACUGUUAAAAGAAAAGUGCCUCAGACUGUUCUUUCCUCUCUGACCCGGAAUGCUGUAUCCAGACAGCUGGACUCGUACAGUGAUGUGUGUGAAGGGCUCAACAUUGUGGAGCUUCUCCUGGGUUUCCUUUCAAUGACUGGUGGUGAUCCCAGUAUGCCACUGGUAGCUUAUCUCAGGGACACAUUGAAGAUGGGUCAAAACAUUGAUGGUCACAUACUGCAGGCUUUGGGUAGAUGCAACCUCCAAAAUUGUAUUUCUAUGUGGCAACUCCUUUCCUCCCUGAAAUCUGAACGCAUGCUACGUCUCAGGAGGGAACCAUUUUCGGGGUAUCCAGCUGAGUACCAGAAGCCACUGACAGAGGAAAACAAGGUCCAGCUGAGAGGCUUCAUGUCCCACAUGUCCCCGAGGGACAUGGACCAAUGGCUGCUGGAGAUGCAUGAGUUUCUCCUUGUGCGUCUGGGCCGCCUGCGUGCCACAGAUGAUUAUAAGGCAUUUUGGAGUGUAAAAGAUGGUAUGACUCUCUACAUGGAGAGUAAAGACAUGGAGCUGCCUUCAUACAUGGAAGAAAACUUCCCUGAAAAUCUGGAGCUUUCCCAGAUUGUGGAGACCUGGAAAUAUGCCAUCACUGCCAGACAUGAGUUAAUGGGAUAAGAGUGAACGGGAUGCGUAAUUUUAGAGAUUUUAGUUCAGCCUCAUCAGAUAUUAUAUAAAGCCAAGAAAAGAUUUUAUGUUUUUAAUCUGCUUUUAUUGAUGAAAUCAUUUCAGAGUAAAUGAUGAUGGUGUUAAAAUGAACAAGUUCAAACAUGUAUGCAUGUAAUGUUCUACUUUGCACUUUAUUUAAAUAUUAAGUGUUUUUCAUGCUAAACUGAGAUGAAAACGCAUCUAAUGAAUCAUUUGUUGAUUGCAGCUAUAGUUUAUAAAAUUAUGUCAGUGGGUUGGAAAGGAAAAAAAAGACCCUUUUUUCUUAGAAUAGUUUGGAGAAAAACAUGUUUGGGCUCAAACAUGAACACAAGUCUGUGGUGAUACACUGACAGAUGGAGGGAUUUAUGUUCAGACAUUUUUUAAAUAAGUAUAGGAUUAUUUUUAAUGUUUUGAUUAUUUUCAUGGUUUCAUUGAUUUUUUUUAAGACAAUUAUAAAUUAAAGGUUUGAAAUCUUAAGUUUCAGGAGGAAAACUAAGUCCAAAAAGGACUAAAACUAAAGUUAAUGCACCAAUAUAUGAACUGCUCCAAAAAUGUUUCCCUCGAACAGACAUCACGUUUUUAUAUAUUUUUCUAACUUUUCAAAACAGUCUCUUUAAAUGUUUUACCACUAAAAGCCAAAAUAAGUUUAUUAGUUAAUGUCACAAUAUAUUUUAGUUCUUUUAAGUUUUAUGAUACACAAAAGUAAGUACUUAUAAUGAUAAUAAUACUUUUUAUUUAGAGCGAUUUCAAGUGAUUGAUGUGGUCAAAAUAACUUUAAAGUUUUUUGUUGUGUCCAUGUGAGAUUUAAAGGUUUAUCGAAAAACAUGGAGAAAAGAGUCUGUGGUGACAAAUAAUGACCAGACAGUCUCAAUGUCUGUGGAGAUUAUAGUUUAUCAGGUAUUGAUUUUAGAAACCAAAGGAGUUCAUUUGUUUUUUUUUUACUUUUACUUUUGUGUUUUUACUCUUUCUUUUUUAUAUAAUUAUGAGAAACAGAAAAAGAACCUUGUGGCUCAAGAAAGACAAAGUGCAAGAUAAGUGAAACCUGACCUGAUUCCUUUAUGUCAUACAGAAUAUCAGGAGGAACGAUGACAUGACAUUUUAUGUUUAAGGCUUAUUUUUACUUUUCUUAUUUUACUUACACCAUUAUCAUUUAAGCAUGACUGUUAGUGGACGUGUAAUGCUGCAUGCAGAUAUAAAUGUACUAAUCACUUAAAAUAAAAAUCUCCUUAAAACUUGGUGGAUUGUCAGAUGUGACUUUUUACAUUUGUUAUAAUCCAAGCGAUGCAUGUUAGGUUUAUGUAUUUGGAAAGAGAUAAAUCAUGGCGUUUUUCUUGCUUUUGGUCAGCAUUGAAUCUUGGUAUAAAAAUGUAGCGGAAGCAAAGAAGAAAAAGUCAAAUCUGAAGAAAACCUGAACGUUAAAGGAAAUAUAUCCAGAUAAAUUGAUCUGUUAGGGACAUUUUCAAAAGUUGUGUAAUAAAUCCCACUACAUCUUUCAGCUAGCCUCGGGAUCCCCCUGGAUGAGCUGGUGAAUGUGGCCGGAGAGAGGGAAGUCUGGGUUUCCCUGUUUAGGCACCUGCCCCCACAACCCAGCUCUGGAUAAGCAGCAGAAAAUGGAUGAAUAGAUGGAUGGUAAAGAAUCCCAUCAUUUAGUAAACUUACAUUUUUAAGUAAAGCACAAAGAAACAAACCCUUUGUAUGUUCACCACUUUGUGAUACCAUUACACAAACUUCAGUCCAUUACAUACUUUACUUCGAAGGCCAGUGGCAGCAAAGUGAUGUUUACUCUUCAAGCCCUGGACAGAGUUUCUAGGCAAAGACAGCUGCUUAAACAAAAGAACUUUUAUUCUCACGUUCUUGUGUAAAUAAAUUACAGUCAUGUCUUUUGUUACAAAAAUAAAAUGAAACAACAAAUGCAAUGUCUGUUGGACUUUUUCUUGUAAUACUAAUUAUGCUUAGUCAUACAAAUAUUUGAAGAAAAGUGUGAAUCCUACCAGCUGUCAAAGCAGCUGUUCACCUGCUGUGAUCAGAUCGUAAAGACAAGCAGAGACAAAGUUUCAAAUAACAAUGUCAGAAGAAAAAUU